GUUAGAUAAAUCUAAGUAAUGGGGGCGAUGCAUGAGAGACUGCACGUUAACAGCCAGAUUUUGUGCAGUGUGAAGAUCAAGAUAUAGAAAAUGGAUUUCUUGUUAGUAGGCCUAACAUACUAUUUUCUGCAAAAUAUCAUUUAUACAAUUAUAGGCAGUCGUGGCAGUGUAGGUGUAGGCCUAUUUUUAGCUGGCACAAGCAUCCUUCUAUUAAAUGCUGUUUUACCACUCCUCAUGGCCGUUUCCUUCUCUGAUUAUUCAAUUCUCAUUACAUCAUGCCAGCCUUCCGGCAUUCUUUCACUAAACUGUCGCCAGGGGUGUAUUGAGAAUUUGCCAAUCAGAGGUAGGGAACGGCAGAACAGCAUUUGCUAAAAUGAUGCCGGUGCCAGUUAAAUGAACACUUAGAACAUUUAAGCCAAGGGGCCUACUGCACCGAGUACUGUACACAUGUAGUUUACUUACGCCCUACUUAUUAUUCGACCAUGUCAACAAUUGGAGGCCUAUAUUUCUUGUGUGUGUAGGUAACCGAAGGAUUGGCCUAAUAAAAACCGAAGGACGAAGAACGCUGGCCCUUGGGAAGAGUCUCUACAUGUCAGGGCACAUCCAUUCCCUGCAAUACCACGGCAUCAGCUCUAAUCUAUGCUACUGCUUUGUUCGUGGAAAGGUCAUACCACAGGUGAAAACUUCAGAACAACCAUACUAUACAUGGGUAGUGCUUCAUAAAGAAACAGGGCAGGUCUGCACAGCUGAGUGCACAUGUUGCGUUGGAAUCCAAGCAACAUGCAAACACAUCAGUGGCCUCCUGUUUGCAGUCGUUGAAGCAGUGGAACAGGGGAAGAAUUCAUCGUGUACAUCUCAGCAGCAAGCAUGGGGCCAAGGUCCGAAGAAGGGACAACCUGUCCAUGAUUGCCAGUUUGCCAAGAACAUAAAGAUUGUUGGUGUGAAGGCUGAUGUAACUCAGCAAACGUCCAGUAGAAAUUACAGGUCAGAAUUCGAGCCCAGAGUUUUGGCACAUCGAAACAAAAGGCCAGUAUAUGCCUUUAACAUUGAUGCACUGGCAGAUAUUACCAAUGGUAAUUGUGGAAUGCUGAUGUAUGUCAAACAACAGGCAGACCCUGCACACCAGACACCCAACAUUCAUGCAUAUGUAAAGGAGGAGGAGGUUGAAACAACUCGAGGUGUCUUAACUGUCGAAGAAGCACAUCAAAAGUCCAGUGGGGGGAGUGCCGAUGAUGUCAUCAAGGAACUUGAACUGAAUCAUCACCAGCAGAUACUGUUAGCAAAUGAAACAAAGAAACAAGCAUCCUCUACCUUGUGGACACAGCAUCGUAUAGGACGAAUAACGGCAAGUGUAGCAGGAGAUUGUGCUGCAUCCAUUAAGGAAAACGGCUUGUCGGGCCAUUCCCAAAUAGCUAAAGUCAUGGGCUACUAUGAUUCGCCACACUCAUCUGCUCUUACCUGGGGUAGAAUGCAGGAACCUGUAGCAAGAAAACAAUAUGUAGCAUGGCACAGGCUUCAUUAUAAGCACAAGGGUGUUACCUGUGAAGAGACGGGUCUGUGGGUCAAUAUCGAUUGCCCUUAUGUUGCGGCUUCACCUGACGGUAUUGUCAGGUGCCACGUUUGUGGGGAUGGCCUGUUAGAAAUUAAAAACCCGUACACCCACAGACUCUGUGAGAUUCAAGACUUCUCAACCAAGAAGGGAUCUUGCCUGACAAUGGAAAAUGGAAUGCUGCAAGUACGUCGGACACACAUAUACUAUACCCAAGUACAAGUGCAGAUGUGGUGCACCGGAUACAGUUGGACCGAUUUUAUUGUCAGAACUGUCAGUAAACACAACAAUUUUCAUGCAGAACGUAUUCAGUUUGACACAGAGUUCAUUGCUAGUUUGAAACCAAAAUUGUACAUAUUUUUUGUUCAGGGAAUUCUCAAAGAAUUUGGAACAAGAUCAGUACAAAACAUUGUUCGGGAUCGUUCUAUCCGUAAAAUCAUUGAUAGUGUUUUGUGCAGGGUUGAGGAGAGUGUGAAAAUGAACCCAUCUGCUUCUAAUGUAACAUGUACGUAUCCAUGUGGAUUCUGUACUGAGGAAUGUGAAAGUAACCCCAGAGAGGAUAGUCGAAAUAGCAUUGGGUGUGAUGUUUGCAUGCGAUGAUUCCACUACGGCUGUGUUGGCAUAACUGGUUCAGAAGCAUUUCUCAAGAAGCGGAAGUCUGUUUGGAAGUGUGCCUCAUGCAGCUCUCAAACAAAGGGCAGAAAAAGACUGCGACAGUCGAGGCUUCGUAAACUGUAGUCAUCUGGGAAGGAUCUUCACAUAACACUUGACACUGUGUGCAUAUGCUCCAUGAGACAAUGUUGUCUAAAAAAUGAGGCUUGAUAUUUUCACUGUCUAAGAAUACUUUUUAAGUCGUUAUUUGUUUGUGGGUGCUACUAAGGCACUGCAGAGGAAAAUAAGUUAUUUUGUAUGGAAGAUCCGUAUGCAUAUAUGUGUCCAACCACAAUUGGUUUCUUAAAUGAUGCGUCCUUGGUAGCCUGAGAUUGACAACAUACAU